UAUUGAAAAUCGUUCGAAGUAAAUAUUAUCAUGCCGUUAGCGAUGAUGCUAAGGUGCUAAUUUGUCAUAAAGCGAAAUCUAUGAAACAUUUCGAUCUACGUGCCCUUUCAUCAGCUGAUGUGAGAUGGCGGUGACUGUGACACUGGCUACGUCUCUGACGUGUGCGUCGGCGGUGCUGUUGCCGCUGCUGGUGCUGCUGGCAGCCCUAAUGUGGGCGCGCGGCGCUGAAGAACGCCGGAGGUUGAGGCGCUGCGGGGAGCAGAUCCCGGGACCGCGGCCGCUGCCCCUCAUCGGAAACCUCCUCGACGUGGGAUUGGACACUAAGAAACUCCACGAAUCAGCCAUAAGGUUUUUCGACCAAUAUGGAAACACAUUUCGAGUAUGGGCUGGUCCUUUUCGCUUGCUUGUAAACUUGGCAGAACCGAGUGACAUUGAGGCCCUAUUGUCUAAAAGCAAGAAUUUGAAUAAGUCUUUCAAUUAUGAGUUCUUACAUCCUUGGCUGGGUCUCGGAUUACUUACAGCAACAGGUGAAAGAUGGAAAAAGCACAGAAAAAUCAUCACGCCUACAUUUCACUUCACGAUAUUGGAGCAGUUUGUAGAUGUAUUCAACAAACAAGGAAAUAUAUUAAUAUCGAUAUUGAAGAGAAAAGAAGGAGAGGGACCUUUCGAUAUUGUCCCACUCAUUGACCUGUACACCCAAGACGUGAUAUGUGAAACAGCCAUGGGAGUUGAACUUCACUCUCAAACGGAAGGUUACGCAUCCUCUUAUUUACAGUGUGUCAAAAAUAUGUGUGAGUUACUGAUGAAAAGGAGUUCAAGACCUUGGUUAUUUCCGAAUUUCGUAUAUCGUUUGUCAUCUCUUCGGAGGCAGGAGCAGAAACAUUUGAAGAUCCUUCAUGGUAUGACUAACGAGGUAAUUAGGAGAAGAAGAAAACAACUCCAAGAGGAUCCUACACUAUUUGAAGAAAACAUUGAUGAACUAGGAAGAAAAAGAAAACUAGCCUUCUUGGAUCUGCUUCUAUAUUCUACGCUCAACGGUGACAUGUUAUCUGACAAAGAUAUUCGAGAAGAAGUUGAUACUUUUAUGUUCGAGGGACACGACACCACAGCUUCUGGGAUUUCCUUCGCUCUAUACGAGCUGUCACAGCGACCAGAUAUUCAGUCGGAAGAGAUAUCUCUUAAUUUAGAAGUUCUUAACAAAUUGAAAUACCUGGAUCAAGUUAUAAAAGAAACAUUACGAAUGUAUCCCAGUGUUCCGAUAUUUGGCAGAGAAAUAACAGAAGACUUGUAUCUACCUUCAGGUCAGAAAUUUGCAAUGCUAGAAAUGAAAGCUGUCUUGUCGAAGAUUAUUUGGAAUUUCUCUCUUCAAAUAGACCCUACUUUUGAAAUGAAGGUUGUUUCUGAAAUAACACUGAAAUCACAGUACGGAGUGAGAUUAUCAGCUAUUCGCAGAACACAUAACUAACUUACUAAUUUUUUUAUUGUUUGUUACGAAAAAACAGUCAAUUUUGUAUUAUACAUUUGUUGGAAGAAAUAUAAUC